CCUCCCAUCUGAGAGAGCUGGACCUGAGCUACAAUCACCCAGGAGACUCUGGAGCUGCGCUGCUCUCUGCUGGACUGGAGGAUCCACGCUGGAGACUGGACACUCUCAGUGUGGAGUACGGUGGAGUGCAGAGGCUGAAACCAAUUCCACAGAGAUAUGCCUGUGAACUCACACUGGACCCCAACACGGCCCACAGACGACUCUCUCUGUCUGAGGACAACAGGAAGGUGACGAUGGUUAGAGAGGACCAGUCGCAUCUGGAUCACCCAGAGAGAUUUGACUACUGGGACCAGGUGUUGUGUAGAGAGGCUCUGACUGGCCGCUGUUACUGGGAGGUAGAGAGGGAGGAGAGGAAUGGAGCUGUUUAUAUAGGAGUGACAUACAGAGGAAUCACAAGGAGAGGAGGGGGUCGUGACAGGGGGCUUGGAUUGAACAACAAGUCCUGGAGUCUUGAGUGUCGUGAUGAUAGUUACUCUGCCAUGUACGACGGUAGACAGACAGCCCUCCCUCUCCCCCCCGCUGGCUCCACCAGAGUAGGAGUGUAUCUGGACCGGCCUGCUGGCUCUCUGUCCUUCUACAGAGUGUCCCCAGGUGGAGGAGGGUCCUCAGACACACUGACACACAUCCACACCUUCUGGUCCUCCUUCACCCAGGAGGACCUCCUCCCGGGGUUUGUGUUCUCGGGGGUCGGCUCCUCAGUGUCUCUGUGUCAGUUAUAGUCCGUCUGUCUGUCUGUCUCUCUCUGUGUCUGUGUCUGGGGAUACAUGCACGCAUAUAUGAACACAUGCACUUAUAUUGAACACACAAGCGUAUAAAUGAACACAUACGCGUAUAUAUGAACAUCAUGAAGUGAAGGAUGGAUCGUGAAGUGCGUCGUACGAGCAUCGUACUGUUUUCAGACCGAUUCCCGAAAGCAUCGUUGGUACCGACCGUCGUGAAAACGCUCGUAGCUAACGA